GCACAGCGUCGUCGACGUGUCAAUGUCCGGUAACCCAAGUUGGUGGCCAUAUCGUCUGCCGAUCGAAGAAGCUCUCAAAAAGUCUGUAGUUCUUGUCGUCGGCGUCGUCGUCGGCGCCAAUGUUAUUGAGCAUUUCUGGAAGCCUAUGGAAACAUACGAAACCGAAUUGGAUCACGGAAAAUUGGAACUUUUGCAGAAAUAUAAGCGCAUUCAUGAUGAAAGAAGUGGCACGAGAAAUGGAAAUUAAAGAAAAAGAAAUCGAUCAAUACGCGGGAUCCUCCGGGGAAGACUCUGACGACGGAUCCAAUUUAUUCAAAGCUGUUUUCAAAAAAUAUAAGAAACGAAAGCCUCCACCGGACGUUUCUGACGUUAUUGACGUCAAAAGCUCUUCGCUGCUCCAAUCAAAAUUAGUAUUUAGUACGGAUGAGAUCACAUCAGAGACGACAUCGCUUGCUGAGAGAUUAGGUCUAAUUGCUCCAUCCGAGUGGCGUGUCUAUUGGUUUCCCGAUCGUAUUGGCCUAUAUCUCCUGCCAAGCCUUUUACGGAAGGAAAAAUCGACAAUGUGGAUGAAACGAGCGUUCAAGUACGCCGAACCACCGAAUAUCACGAAUUUGACGCUUCACGGAAAGGAUGUGCUCACAGAUCCUACACUCCUAACAAAAGGGCUCCGCUGGACAACACUCGGUGUUGAAUAUGACUGGAAUUCAAAAGAAUAUCCACCGAAUGGACGGCCCGUGCCAGAGGAACUUUAUCAAUUGGGAAAUCUUAUCAGUCGAUCUCUGAAAUUGGGCGACAUGAAGCCGGACGCCACAAUUCUCAAUUAUUAUCCACCGAAAUCAGCACUGUCGCCACACGUUGAUAAAUCCGAACGUUCAGCGGCCCCGCUAAUCUCAAUGUCUCUCGGCCAAACAGCAAUCUAUCUAUCCGGUACAAUCGACCUCUCCUCGGAGCCCCCAAUCCCAAUUUGGCUCCGUAAUGGAGAUUUUCUUAUAAUGCACGGAGAUCAACGUCUCGUGUACCAUGCAAUUCCGUGUAUCGGCUCAAUUCCGAAGCGACGUGGCAAUCGUGGAUCUAUGAUGGAUGAGGAUCAGGAGCAUUUUGAGCCGCCACGUGGCAAUGAUGAUGUGGAUCAAUCGAUUAUUGAUUAUUUGAAUUCUAGUAGAGUUAAUUUUACGAUUCGGCAGGUUAAUCCGAAUUAGUAGGCUCCACUUUUUUGUUUUUUUUUUUGGAAAUAUAUAUUCUAUUGUUGUUAUAUUUUUAAUAUUGCAUAGUUAAAAAAUUGAAAAAUCCAUAAAAUUUCGAUUUAUAACAUUAAAAAUCAAUAAAUAUUGAUUUUUAAAUUUUAAAUUUAUCGAUUUUCCAAAAAAUCGAUAAAUUGGAAUUUUCAAUUAAAAUUUUUUUUUUAAUUUCAAAACAAAAAAAACUUAAUAAAAUUCGAUUUUUCAAAA